GCUAAAGUCAUCAUUUGUACAUAAUGUAAAUAACAAUCUGUAAAAAUAUAACCUUGAUAUCUUUAACAUUUGAGUAAGAUCAGAUUGAAAUCAAACGUUGAUGCUCCUGAUGUAAGAAUUAGAUUAUGAGGCUCCUGUUGUGGAACGGGUUGCUUUUAAAUUUUAUAAAAUUUUCAAGUCAAAGCUAGAGUGGUAUCUUUAUCUUGUAAAUAAUGGGAAAACUAGAAAACAGCUGUGUUAGAGAAAAACUGCUGAAUCAUGGUGUUGCAGGUUAGUUUUAUCCAUGAACAAAGUUCAAACAUCAAGAACAAAGCCAUGAGGGAAUAGUGUCUUGUUUACAUUGGCAUUAUUGUAAUCAUUACCCCUUUCAUAAUAAGCCACUAACAGGCUGAAGGCAAUCUGUGUGCCAUUGCUUUACUUGCUCUCCUUACUGUUUAAACAUCCAUUUAAACUUUUAAAUACACAGCAGUAAGACAAACCAACACACAAAUGUAAAGUUGCACAGUGGCAGACCGACAUCUAUGCUGAAAAGAUGGACUACAGAGCAUUUUUCUAUCUGGUGGUCAGUUUAAUUUGUUUUGCGGCACUGGAACAGACUCGGGCUGCUGGGACGAAUAAUUGGACUGGGAAGCUAUUAGUGGUUCCUCUAGAUGGAAGUCACUGGACAGGGCUAAAGGCUGUUGCAGAAGAAAUGGCGGACAUUCUGGCAUAUAAUCUUUCAGUACCGGUGGUGAACAUGUUAAGGGGGAUGCCGUGUGGCCUUGAUACUACAGCUACAGCUUGCCCCAACCCUCCGUCUUAUGUCCCACGCUUACUUACACGAAACAUAGAUCGUAUGACCUUUGGUCAGCGUGUGGUUAACAUGUUAGUGACUAUGCUGGAAGUGCCGCUCUGUAAGAUUGUGUACGGACCCUUUGAGGAAAUAAAAUCCAACUUUAUUCAGAGAGAUGUGAGCUUGAUGGAAAUCCUGAGCAGUGCUGCUGUUUGGUUGAUGCGGUAUGAUUUCACCCUGGAGUUCCCCAAACCAAUGAUGCCCAAUAUGGUGCUUAUAGGAGGAAUUAACUGUGACAUUAGAAAUCCACUGACAAAGGUACAUUGUAAGGAUUUACUUUGUUUUUAUAGUAAAUAAAUGAAAGAAGGGAUUGGUGCUUAUAUGAAAA